ACAACCGGAAGUACAGCGAAGCAAACAGGAAGUGGUGAAUCAGAAAGACAUUUUUAAAACAACAUAAUGAAUAUCAACCAAACAAUGAUUUAAAUGUAUGUAUUAAUAUCCGUAAUCCGCGUGGCUUGUAUUUGAUGCAGUUUGGUGUUUAUAAAAUACUCUGUUUGUUCAGUGUUUGAUUAGUUGUAGCGUUAAACAAGACUCGUUUAUGUUUUGUUCGUUGCUGCCUGUUUCACUUGCUGUCAUGUUUGUUAAAAAUCUGUUUAUUUUAAGUCGUAUGUUCAUUUGUCAUAAGUUACAACCACCGAUUUGUAGCACGAGUUAGAUUAUGUUUAUAUUGUUGUGAAAGUCUAUACAAAUAUUCAACGGAGUAUUGAAUAUAACUUAAUACAGUGGUGCGAUAAUCUUCAAAACGCCUUUAUUGAUGUCUAACAGUCGUUUUUUAUUUUUGACGUCUCUCUAACUUAGCUGACCCGUGUCUUUCUGUGUAUUUAUGUGGUUUAUUUAUUAAUUUAGCAGAGAAGCGCAUGACUGUAAAGUAAAGAUGGAAGUCCCUUCAUAUCUGUCGAGAGUUUUGUCUGAACUGAAUGAGCAGCGGAAGCGGGAUUUCUUUUGCGACUGCAGCAUCGUUGUCGAGGGUCGGGUUUUCAAAGCCCAUCGUAAUAUCCUCUUCGCCAGCAGUGGGUAUUUUCGGGCCCUGUUGGUGCAUUAUUUGCAGGACAAUGUUCAAAGACACAGCACGGCUUCUCUGGACAUCGUCACAGCCGAGGCGUUUUCCUUCAUCCUGGACUUUCUCUAUUCAGGUCGACUUGACCUGCGCAGCAACAAUGUCAUUGAAAUCAUGUCGGCUGCGAGCUACCUGCAGAUGACGGAUGUGGUGAACUUCUGUAAGGGCUACAUCAAAUCAUCUCUGGAGAUCUGUAACCGUGAUGGCGAGAGAUGCAAGCAUAAAGAGGGUCCGGAUGAUGAUGUGACUCCGGUUUCAGUCACCGGUGCUCCGGUGGCAUCCACAUCUGAAACAGACCAAAGGAGUUCGGCACAGGUCACAGAGGUCCUGAGCCCCGAUGAUGCACCGACAGCUGCCAUCACCACACCUGCAGCCACCAGCAGCAGCAAAGACUCCGAGAGUGAAAGCUCACAAGGAGCAUUUCCUAACCGGCCUGCCGUUAAUGCUCCGACAAAGAACGAUUCGGGCCCAGAUUUGGUCAACUCGUCCACCCCGGGUCUGCUUUUGGGAUUGGUGCACCCAAAAAUUGAGUAUGACCCUGAUGAAGAGGGUGAGUCUUCGCGGGAAUCCAAAGACACGGUUCUUUACCGUGGCCAGAGUAACGAAGGUGAAAGACCUGGCGACGCUAGCCCGGCCUCCAGCACUGAGCUGUCCUCCAAUUUAUUCGGUAACUGUCAGGUGAAGCAGUUCCCGGAUGUGCUGUUUCGAGGUGGAGCCAACCAUAACCGCGAUGAGCACUUUUCCCAGAGUUUGGGUUACUCCAGUGGAUUUGCUCGUAUGGAUGACAUGCUUGGCCCCGGUGGCCCCUGCAGUAUGGAGAUUCAGAAUGACUGGUAUGGGGAUGAUCCAGGGAGGCUGCAUAAAUGUCCAUUCUGCCCAUACACAGCCAAACAAAAAGGCAUUUUGAAGAGGCACAUCCGCUGCCACACAGGAGAGAGACCGUUUCCAUGUGAGGUCUGCGGCAAGAGAUUUACACGACAGGAACAUCUUCGCACUCAUGCUACUUCUGUCCAUCGCUCCACCUGGCCCAUCGUGUGUAAAGGUUGCCGGAGAGUGUUCUCAGGCCUCGUGUCGCAGGGAAUGAAACGAUAUGGACUUUGUGAUGGCUGCACCUUUGUUACUACAACCAAUGAAGAUCCCUCCUCUAUGAACAUCAGCAUCCAGUCUGAAGCUAUGGAGAGGGGAGCACGAGACUCGGACUGGUCCGUCUAUAUAGUGGAAGGGGAUGAAGAGGAACCAAGCGCUAGUACUCCAAUACAGGAACAGGACGAUAAGCAGAAUGUUGCCAGACAACUGGCAGAAAAUGGGACUCUAUUGUAGAUUAAUUUGCAUUUCUGCCCUAGCAUUUCAUCACACUAAACCACAGCUAUUAUGUGGGGGUUAUAAAGGAAGGUUAAUAACUUAUAAAAUACAUUUGAACUACAAAAAAUACUCUGUCUGUGUUAUGUUUAGUUUAAAUCUGAGAUGGUAAUGUCUGAUUAUGAAACAUGUUUUGCUAUAUGACAAUGAUGGUACAACAUGCUGUUGAAUGUGUUGUAGCAGUUGUUAAGGAAUAUUGUUUUGCUUCAAAGGAAAGCACAAAAAGUGUUAUUAUAGGUGGUUUCAUCAGGUGCAUUGCUGCGGUUGCGCGUCUGGCCCGAAGUUAACUUCUGGUCUGUGCUUGUUUAUCGGUUUGGCUAGCGAAUAAAAUGACCUCUGGAACGAAUACCUUUUGAAAAAUAAAAAUGUUUUGGUUUCCAAAAGAUGAGAGAUAGUGAACAUGGAUCACCGCUGUGUGGAUUUGGCAGCCAGGCAAGAAUUGAAGAAUCUGUAUAAACAUUAAUUUUACACAGUUAGCUCAGUGUAGUGGUUGAUACGCUUUACCUAUAAUUUAAACUAAGGUCCUUUACUUGUUGUUUAUUUAGCUUAUUAUCAGAAAUAAUCUACUCUUAAGUUUGUUUUUGAUUCUAUGUGGAAAAUAACCGGAAGUUGUUGUAUGUUUGGUCCACAAAAGCCAUUUGUUUAUGUUGUUACGGCUAUAAGCCUAAAACAGUUCAGUGGACCUGCCAUGUUUAUUAUAGGUUUACUAUUGUAAUCUUAAUAUUAAGCAUCAUUUCAUAAACUGUUUUUUUAUUUAUUAUUAUUUUUUAUCCUGUGUAUUACAAUUGAUAUCUUCAAAUAGUUCAAAGUCACAUUGUUUUUAUGUCUAUUUUUCUUUCUGUGAGAAACGUACACUAUAUUUAUUAUGAACUAUGUAAAUCAAUAAA